AUUAUCGUCCUUCCGUACCGACACUUCUCGGAGUCACUUCGACGAAACCUCCAGCAACUUUUUGUAAACUCAUAAAUUUUAUACAAAGCUGUACUGACUGAAUAAUAAUAGCGUGGGUCAAAAGGGAGGAAUUUUCAUAAAUAAGGGGUUAACUGCAAACUAUGGCGUCCUCCUUUUUGCCCAACAAUUUUGUUUUUUUUUUAUCUAUCGUCUGAAGGUGUCUUAGAAGUUACUUUUCGCAAUCGUGACCCUUUUGUUUUUUCUUUAAUGGGUUCUAUAGCCUUUCAGUCGCGUAUCACGAUAUAUGUUUAUUUUGUUUUUGUCGACGGUCAAACAAUUUAAUCGAUAGGUAGAAUAAGUAUUGUAAGGAAAAUGUAGUAUUUGUUAAGUUAUCUGAUCUCGUAUAGAUUUGUUGGCCCUUGAAGUGUGUGCCUACUAAUAUCGGUAUAUUUAAUGCCGCCAAAAAAUGUGCCUAUCAUUGUCUAGUGAGUUGUAGGAGGGCGCACUGCGAAUAAAACGCGCGUACGCCACGCGCACGCCGCCCUCUCUACGUACCUACAAGUGUGGGGUAGUCGAUAAAAAGGCAACUCAUUUUAUUCGUAGUCCUAGGGAGACUGCAAGGGCAACUUGCGUUGCAGGACGGCUUGACGACCAGCUAGAGAGUUGCCAGGAGCACUUCCCGUACCAGUAGAGGAGUCGCAGCCAGCGACGAGCACUGGGAACGGACGGAGUCGCCGCCAGCGACAGGGAGACGCAGCCCGAGUCAGUUAAGGAGACCGCAGCCAGCGGUCAGGAAGCGCAAGGAGCGGUAAGCACGCGGCUGAGUGGAGGGGAAGCCAACCAUACAGCAAUGCGAGCGGAUCAGCAGCCAGCGAUUAGUGAAGCAGCUGCGAGUUCAGAACCGGAGAUGAGCGAUCCCCUCACGUCGGACCCUUUGAAAAGGAUUGCGGUGUUGGAGGAGGAACUGAAGCAGGUGAGCCCUCAACUAAAGGUGUCGGGCCGGUCCCACAUAGCUGUGUCGGUGCGAGCAGUGCCUGCCUGCCUGUAUUUGGAGGGCAGCCCGAGGAGUAGCCGAUCUUUAACUGUGCGUUUAAGGAUGAAGCACGCCAGACAGUGAAGUUGCUGCUGAUUCACCCUGGGAACGUCAGCGCCGUGAUGGUGCAGCUGCGGUUUAGGUUUGACCGCCCGGAGCAGCUUAUACGCAGCCAGCUAAACAGCCUGUCUAUGUGGACAGUUUCGCUACAGAGGGUGAAGCUAUCAGUGUAUCUACCCGAGUGUAGGAGAUACAUGCGGAGGCUGGAUUCGAAUAAUGCCAGUUUUCAUCCAGCUCACCCAUUGUGGAAGCGGCGUUGGGACCACCUGGACAAGUCAAGAGCGCCAGCUGGGGUGAGGCUGAGCAGAAGAUCCUUGGAAUGCGCUGGCAGGUAGCCACGGACGACUUCAAAUUCAACGAGGAGUAUCACCGAGUGCCAAGUAGCGUCCUAAGUGGAGAUCGAGUCCCUACAAAGAGGGAGUAAUGAGCCUGCUGAUGUCAACGUUCCACCCAUUGAGAUUCCGGUUCUGCCUGAUGAUUACAGCGAAGCUGUUGUUGAGAAAGAUCUGUAGGCAGAAGAUCCAGUGGGACGAACCACUACCGGAGGAGAUAGGCAAAGCCUUUGCGGGCUGGCGCAGGGAGUCGGACGCCGUGGGACAGUUCUGAUGCUCUCGUCACUAUUUUGGGCUUGGAGCAGUUUGGACCAUCGAGUUGCACGUGAUGAACACUGUCUAGGAAGAGCAAAGUGAGGACAUCAGAGAGACGGUGUUGUGGACGAACUCAAAAACGGUGUUGAGAUGGACAAGGAGUUUGUUGGCAACCUAAUGGCGGCGAUUUUGGAGUGGUUGAAAGUUACCCAGUGGCGAUGGGUACCUACAACUGACAACGCAGCGGAUGAUGCGACGCGGUCGCAGAAUAAGGCGGACCUUAGGCCGGAAUCACGUUGUCUAAGCGGACCCGCAUUUUUGAGGCAGCCAUCGAACGUCUGGCCGGUGCCUGAGGAGGGAACCGAGCGUGUUCCACAUGCGCCUGAUGAAGAGGAGUUGCCCAGUGAGUUUGCAUUGAUGGCCACAAAUGAUUUCGCCAUUGCGAUCCAGAGAUUCUCGAGCUUCAGUCGCCUGGUGAGGACCACAGCCUGGGUCUUGAGGUUUGCAGACAGGCCCAAUGGGAAUCGUUCCCCGGCGAGAUGAGGUCGGCGGAAUGCGGAAAGGACGUCGCCAACUCGAGUGAGAUUUGAUGUCUGGCGCCUUACGUGGUUGAAAACGGAGUUCUGCGAGUUCAUGGCAGAGUUGAUGCCGCGCUGUGUAUGCCGUUUAGUGCGAAGAGGCCCUUAAUAUUGUCACACAGGCACAGAAUUACGGAAUUUAUUGUGAGCCACUUUCACGACCAGAUGAGGCAUCAAAACGUGGAUGCGACGAUUGCCCAGAUCCAGACGAGAUUCUGGGUCACGAAGAUGAGACGAGUGGUGAAGGAAGUAAUUUCGUCGUGCAACGAGUGCAAGUUGCAGCGAACGCGGCCGAUGCCGCCGAUAAUGGGACCGCUUCCAGAGGACCGACUGGAUGCGGGGGGAUAGCUAUUCAAGUUCACUGGAUUGGACUACUUUGAGCCACUGCUGCUGACUGUAUCCCAGAGAGAAGAGUUGGGUCGCCUUGUUCACGUGCUUGACGGACAGUUCGGUUCAUUUGGAGCUGGCGCAGAAGCAUCGAAUGGGUUUUCAAUUGCUUGUAUAGGAGCGGAUGUUACAGUUCGUCAAACGAGUGCUGCGUCAUAACCUGAAGGAAGUCGCAGUAGGCUCGCCGGGACAUGUCCGAGCGCAAAAGAUUUUUGUUUUUUUCUGCCGAAAGCUGUAUGCUGCUGUCGUCGUCAGCAGAUAAUUCGAAACAGCGUAGAAGAGUGCCGAUAAAAGCGGUACCCUCUCUUUCUGUGUCUUAUAAUCUGCCUGCCCGCGGGUCUCAGAGAGACAACAUUCAGCGGAUCCUUUUGUUUGCGCUUCACCGUAUGUUCAAAAAAAAAACCAAAAGAAAAGAGAAGCAGCAGCUGUUUAAAUUACACGCUGCGACACUUUUUAAUUUAAUAAUAAAAAAUAUAUUUUUUUGAAAAAAAAUUAAGUCAAGUUGUGCAAGAUGUUGUGCGUUAAUCCACGUUUAACUUAGGUCCCUUUUUAAUAUUUUUUUUAAGGUUUUACAACAUAACCUAGAAAAUUCAGGUUCUGUUACCCGAAGGUAGCGUGAUAAAAUGUUUUAUGCCAAUCAAAAUCCCGCAAAGGGUUUCACACAGUUCGAAAAGAUAAAUAUACAAGUAUACAAUAAACACAUUUCUUUAAACA